GCCUAACUGCCUCUGAUACAUCGCGCCAUUUGCAUUUUUCUUACCUCCCUUUAUGUUGAGAGCCACGCCCAUGUCAUUGCGGAAGUGAACGUCUUGCGUGACAGGUGAAAAACAGCAUCACUGUUCAUUUGAUCGUCAAGGAUAAACACAGACUCAAGUUUUGACUUAAUUUUCCUUCUUCCUGUAUUGUGAAGCAGACCUAAAUCUAAGAAAAUGCAGAAAGCUAAGAAAUAUGACUGGAAGGACUCCAACAUGGCCUUAUUUGGUUCUGAUACAGAAAAGCAAGUUAAAAAGGAAUCAGCAGAGAGUGAGCCAGCCUGGCAGGGAUGUGGCCAGGAACCAGGUCUUCAAAUCUGGAGGAUUGUGAAAUUUCAGGUAACAGAAUGGCCAAAGGAAGACUAUAGUAAAUUCUACGAAGGAGACUCAUACAUUGUUCUUAAUACAUACAAGAAGGAAGACGGUGAUGAACUGUUGUAUGAUGUUCACUUUUGGAUAGGAAAGCACAGCACACAAGAUGAGUAUGGGACUGCAGCUUAUAAGACUGUAGAACUUGAUACAUUCUUGGAUGACAAGCCUAUCCAGCAUAGGGAAGUUCAAGGCCAUGAAUCUACGCUAUUCAAGUCUUACUUCGAAAGUAUUUCGUAUAUGAAGGGUGGAGCAGACACUGGUUUUAGGAGAGUUGUGCCUGAGGAAUAUGUUCCAAGAUUGUUUGAGGUGAAAAAAGAAGGGAGGAAAAUAUUCUCAAAGGAGAUUGCCCGUACUAGGAGUAACCUCAAAAGUGACAAUGUGUAUAUUAUUGAUGCUGGACUUACAUUAUACCAAUGGAAUGGAUCAAGUUGCAGUCAUGAUGAGAAAUUCAAGGCUGCCCAAGAAAUGCAAAAGAUUGACAGUGAAAGAGGAGGCAAAGCUAAAACAGUAUGCCUGGAGGAAGACGGUAUCUCACCUGAACACGCAGUUUAUGGUUACCUGGAUGGAGAGGAUGAUGAUGAUGAUGAGCCUGAUGCUGAUGAUGAUGACGCUGUUGUUCUGAAGAAGGUGUGUGAUGCUGACGGAACCUGUGACCUAGAGGACGUGAAAGAAGGGGAAGUUAGUAGAGAUGACCUCACGUCGGAUGCUGCAUAUUUGGUACAUAAAGACAAGCAUUUGUUUGUUUGGAUUGGUACUGAAGCAUCUGUUGAUGAGAGACGUAAUGCAUUUGGAUAUGCUCAUAAAUACUUGCAAGGAACAUCAGUCCCAUGGACACCUGUAACUGUCGUAGCCGAGGGUAAGGAAAAUGAUUUGUUCAAAAGCUCUGUACCAGGGUGUGCCUAAGUGUGAUGUACAGUCAGCAAACAUUAAAAUGAACUCUAUUUACACUCAAUCUGCCGAGUUUCUUUAAUCCAGCUAUUAUGUUUGGAACUGUUUAUUGUCAGUUUUGGGUAUAUCAAGUUAAAAAUUCUAAUAUAGCUAGCCAUCGGUAUAUUGACAGGUCGGACGGUAUGGAUGUGCUUGGCUGGCUGAGGCUGUAUACUGGUGGCCAAAAGGCUAAUUAUUUUUGGUUUUAAGCUAAGUAAGGGUUUAUAGAAUUCAUUAUUGGAUGAUGUAGUUUCUUUUGAAUAUGUAACCUUCACCUUGAUAUACACAAAUGUCUUGUUGCCAACACUACAUUAUAAUUAUAUCAUCAUGAAAAUAUUUUGAAUAUAUACAUGAAUAUUAUGAUGAUAUAACUUUUCAAGUUUUGAAGCUAUAUAAUGUAGCAAUAGCAUUGUCCCACACAUAUUAUAUAGUACUGAUGAAUUUUGUGCAGUAAUUUCUAUAUACCAUUACACUGCUUGCAACUUUAAGAUACAAGAUGUAUAUUCAACUGUUUAGAAGAACAUCUCUUUUUUUAUUCUAUUUUAUGCAAGCAAAUAGAGAUUACAGUGAGAUAUUACGGUAACAGUCAGUGAUACAACUUAUAUUUCACUAAUAUAAUCAGUAGCAUAAAGAUUUUUUUAUAUCUCACUAAUGAAAACAAUAGCACCGGAGAUCUUCCUACACCUUUAAAGCUGGAAAGUCACCAUUAUAGGCAUAUGACCUUUACUGUGUUGGUGGGGCAUUAAAAAUCAAAUACAGAAAAUAAAAGCUUUUACAGUGAUAAAUAUUCUGUGAGCGAAUUUUUUUAUAUAUCAAUAAUGAAGCAAAUAUGUAUUUUUCCUCUAGAACACUUAAUGAAUGUAUAUUCUGUUUUGUUGUUUUUUAGGUUUUUUUUUCUGUUUAAAUCUUGUUGCUCAAGGACUGCUUUUUUGCUAUUCAAUGUCAAAUGUUCAAUAUGCUGCAAUUACUUAAAAAAUGUUGUGUAAAGGAGAAAAUCUGUGCAAUCUUGAUAUUUCAUUCAUCUUAAAACUUUAAGCUUAGCUUAUAAUUGCCUUUUCAAACCUUUAAUUAUGCUAUUGUAUUGUUUCUUUUUAGAUAUAUCAAUUCAUAAACUUCUAAGAUUCAUUGUAGAUUUAAAGCAAGACAAAUUUCAUUACAUAAAUUCAACAUGGUGAAGGUUUAAACGGACUAUGUUGCAAUAUGUUUUAGACUGUGCUAAUUUAAUGUGUUAUUCUUGUUAUACUGCAGUAGAUCUGUACCACACUUUGUUAAAGGGAACAUUAUAUAUAUAUUAUUAUUAUAUUAUUUUCUUAAUAUAUUUAACAAACAUUCUAAAUCUUGGCAUUCCAUGUCAUUUUUUUUCUUUCAAAAAGCUUAUUUUACAUUAUGUAUAACUUGCCUUAAAGUAAAUUUACAUACAAUUUUGAUGCAUAUAUUGUUAACAUUUCUUUUCUUUUCAAUUAAUUCAUGAAAACAAAUGUUUGUAUAUAAGAAGAAAAUUGGUAAAUUUCUUAGUGCAAAUUACUUUACAAAUUCAAGUGACCUCUUCAUAAUAUUUUUUUAAUCAAAAGGGUUUACGAUUAUUAUUGUAAAAAAAAGAAAAUUGGACAAGAAUUUACAUCUUUCUCUUGAAAAAAGAGCUAGCCAUUUCGUUUCUAAAGUAACACGCUUUCCAUAUUUGCUUUUCGUGUUUAUUUACUGAUUUAGAUAAUUUCAAAUAAAACAUAUCAAAAUGGU